GAAGAAGUCAUAAAUCAGUAGAAGACGAAGGAAAAGGAGAAGGAGAAGUGUUCUGGAGCUGUUUGAGGAAAGGGACCAGAACCAGGCCAGAACCAGGCCAGAACCAGGACCAGGACCAGAACCAGGAGUACCACACACCCAGAGCUGUCUAACCCUCACCCUGUUUGUAGAGCUGCUGCUAACGGCUAGCUGCUGUCAGGAGGAUCAGCUGUUUCUCCUUCAGACUCAGACAGUAGAAGAAGAUGACGAGUGGAGGACUGAACAGCAUUGAGGCCGUGAAGAAGAAGAUCAAAGUCCUGCAGGAGCAGGCAGAGGAGGCGGACGAUCGAGCAGCUAAACUACAGAAAGAGGGGGAGAGAGAGAGGAGGAGCAGGGAGGAGCUCCAGGAGGAGGUGUCCUCCCUCAGCAGGAAGCUGGCUCUGGGAGAGGAGGACCUGGAGAGAGUUCAGGAGAGACUGGAGACGACUCUGAGGAAACUGGAGGAGACGGAGAAGACCGCUGACGAGAGCGAGAGAGGGAUGAAGGUGAUAGAGAACCGGGCUUUGAAGGACGAGGAGAAGAUGGAGUUUCUGGAGGUUCAGCUGAGAGAAGCUAAACAGAUCGCUGAGGAGGCGGACCGCAAGUACGAGGAGGUGUUCCGUAAACUGGGGAUGGUGGAAGGAGAUCUGGAGCGAGCUGAGUACCGAGCUGAGCAGGGAGAGAGUAAGAGUCGGCACCUGGAGGAGGAGCUGAAGACCGUCUGCAGCUCCUCAAAGUCUCUGGAGGCCCAGGCUGAGAAGUAUUCUCUCAAGGAGGACCGGUACGAGGAGGAGAUCAGGAACCUGAGCAACAAACUCAAGGAGGCAGAGAGCAGAGCGGAGGUUGGAGAGCGAACGGUUUCCAGACUGGAACGAACUAUCGACAGCCUGGAGGGCUCUUUGACUGCAGCCAGGAACGCCAACAUGGAGCUGCAGGCGACUCUGGACCAGACCAUGGAGGAGCUCAACUCAUGCUGAACCCCCCCCCACUAACUGAACCCCCCCCCACUAACUGAACCCCCCUCCUGCUACCUGUCAGGUGGCGUUCAGGGCCAAACCCCCCCUCCUAAUGAUUCCUGCUUCCUCACAUUCCUGAAGCCCCCCCCCCUCCCCUCGUAAUGAUUCCUGCUUCCUCCCCCCCACUAACAGAGCCCCCCCCCACCAGACGAGGAGGAGCUUUGUGUCUAAGGGAGUUCAUUAAUUGUUAUUUUAUUUUGCCACACUAAUGAAUGAAUGCUUGUUGUUUGAGCCGACUUCCUGUCAGCCGAUGGUUUAUUAUUUUGUGUCAGGUAGCCAAUCGCUGCCAUGAUCGGUAGUCCGGGGGCCAAUCAGAGACCUGAUGAACAAAGGGCAGGAAGUGAUGUCACAGCUCAUUGUAAUAAAUCAUGACAGGAUUUUCUAAAAUAAAAGCACUGGUCUGUCAAA